UGGUCUAAAUGAUGUUUCAUAGCCUUCUUAGCAAUACCAGAAUUAUAAUUGGUGGGAAAAAUACAGUGUUAAGCAUCUUUAAUAUUUUGUGGCCUAAAACCAUCAAACUGAAGAAUAUUGACUACUUAAAAAGUAUCAGAAUCAGCCUUAAAAAUUCACAACAUGUAAAAGUGUCCAGAAUUGUAGAAGGCAACCUCCUCAUCUGAUCAUUAAAACCCCCAGACAUCUUGACAUGUGACAGUAGGAAAAGCACAGGUGUAAAUAAUAAAAUUAAUGAUGGCUGAAAAUCCAUUUAGCUGCUUCAGUGUCAGGGUCCUGGUGUUGGGCAUGCUGGUUCACUGUCACACUGUGACGACUUACUGGGACACACAGAGCUAUUGUCAAUGUUAUUAGUAUCACCUGUGGUUUUCCUUCUAGGACAAGUCAAAAUGUCGUCUGUGAAAAAGGCCUGUAGUCGCUGUGGCCCGGAUAGCUACAGUUCAUCCCUCACAAGCUGAGAGUACAGAUAGAGUUCCCUGUGUUGUUGCCUUCAAACCCAGAAGAUGUCCUCUUUCUGUUGGUCCAGUUCAGGACGACUCGUCUUUGUCUUUGCACUGACUGAGCACCUCCUGCAUCAUCUUCUGGAUUUCCUCCACCCUCUUAGCCCACUUAUCCCGCACCAUAUCUUCAUCGUCCUCUGUAACAGCUGUGUAGGCCAUGAGUGCGAUGAGGCCCAUAUGGAAGAGGAGUGGUUGAAACUUCUGCCCCCUACCUAUGCCUCCUCUCUGUGGGAUUCAUCCACUGCUGUUCCUGUAAUGAAGGCACCUGCACCGGUCUGAGGACGAAAACCUACUGGUUUCAGGUAUGAAUCGGAGGGGACGAGUGCAGCAAGCCAACACAUCAGCAGGUUUGACACAGCAGCAGUGGAUGGUUUGGUUCAGUUUUGGGAUUAGAAAGCUUUAGGCCUUCCAUUGAAUUUGCCUGGAGGGGUGAGCUGAGGUCGACAUAAGCCUCCACCAGGAUCAAAUUGUUUCCACUGUUUGUUUUUAUAUUGGCUCACAUACUUUCAUGAAGGUAAAGUGUUUUUUUUUUUCUUUUUCUUUUUUCUUAUUGAGUUUUACUAUCUAAUCUGUUAAUACCAUCUGUGAUUAAUGUAUAUUUUAGGCAUUUUAAUUUAACCAAGCAGCCAGUUAUCAGGAGUGCAGAGGUCAAAGUCAUGACAGCAAGAGAGGAAGACUAAGCAAUAUCCAAGCACCCCUCAACUGAGGAAAGGCUUUAUUUGUGUUAGCCCUACAACACUAGCAAGAAUCUGAGGUUGUUUACAGUCAUUUUUGAGGUCAUCGUUAACAUCUUGGUUGUGUCCUAUAAACAUUUAUUUAGGAAAAUACAUAUUAGAAGAAUGUUUUAAAAAUACCUGAAGGAUUUAUUCACUCAGUCUAAACAGGUGCAGUGUGAGUGAAGUAAAGAAUAUGCUCCACAUGUGGACCUGGCUUUUGCAUCUCCUUAGUGACUAACAUCAUCAGCCAGUACGGAUGGAUGCUUGGAUUGAUGCUUGCACUCCUUUGAUUGACCACUUGAUGGACAGUUUAUUUAUAAAUAUAUUGAUUUUUUUUUUGUUUGCACUGCCUACUUUAAUGAUCAUCUUAUUGGCCAAUUUGUUAUUCACUUUGAUUCCAGUGACUCCCAGUGAAGAUGCAGAAGAUGUUAACUGAGCUGAUGGUCCUGCUGGGAGUCAUUGGUUUGAGUUACGGUGCCAUUCAGAGACCUGACUAUGAUGAUACACCCAACCCCGAGUUCCUCAACCCGUCCUGGAUGGCCAAUAUCCCUGAUGAUCAGCCGCUGUCUGAGGUCACCAUGCCUGGCACCCACAACGCCAUGGCCCUGUACGGCGGUGUGUAUGCUGAAUGCCAGACCUGGAGCCUGGCCUCUCAGCUCCAAGCAGGUGUCCGCUUUCUGGACAUCCGUGUGCGUCACGUCAAGGGGAACCUCACCAUCCAUCAUGGGGUGUCCUAUCAGCGGGCGCACUUUGGCCGUGUGCUGGAGGCUGUAGCUGACUUCCUGCAAACGUUUCCCAGUGAGACUGUGCUGAUGCGUGUAAAAGAGGAGUUCAGCGAGACAUAUAACAUGUACGGUGCUGUGGUAGAAUACAUCCACCGCUACGCUCACUGGGACCUGCUGUGGCACAGCCGACUUGUGCCAACCAUGGGAGAGGUCCGAGGGAAACUCAUCAUCCUGCAAGACUUUACUGGGCCAGACCUGGGGAUGCGUUAUGCAUCCCUGGACAUAGCAGAUGACUGGAGGGUUCCCACACUUCUGCAUGUGGAGGAGAAAUGGCAGAGCGUCUAUGAACAUCUGGAGGCUGCACCUGCAGGAAACAAGGCCCAGAUCUUUCUCACCUACAGCAGUGGAGCUGGUGUGUUUGCGUACCCCAGAGCCAUCGCUCAGCGCAUCAACGCACAACUGUACGACUACCUGAGGGCCAAGACAGACCGAAGCCAGCGCCUUGGAAUCGUAUGCAUGGACUUCCCUGCUUCUCCCAUUAUUCAAAUGAUCAUUGACUUCCAACUAAAAGAGGUCAUAAAGAACCAACAGGCCUUUAACUCAGUUCCUGGCAAGGCAAGUUUGAAAAACACAAUUUCUUCCCUGAGAAAGAAGAUGAAAAAACAUUUUAAUAUUAAUGUCUGAGCCAAAAUCAAGCAUGUGAAGGGAACAGUAGACUGAUCAAUAACUGUAUAAUCAAUGGGGCAUCACUAUGGACAUCAGAUACAACAGUUUUAGCUUGGAUGCAAUAAUGAGGUGACCUUACUACUCUACUGUAAUGAACAUCAUUUAGAUUAUACCUCAGUGAAACUUGUUAUUGUGUCAAUCACCAAUUAUACUGGAAACAAAAUAAAGUA